AUGUCUUCGGCUAUGGAUAAAGCUAUGUUGGCUAUGUCUCUUGAUGAAGAAGAAGAUCUUCCCUUUGAUAUUCCUGAUCGUCCAGAAUAUUCUUCGUGUGAGAGAAAUGUUUUGAGUCUGAUUGGGAGAACUCUAAAUCCUGAUCGUCAGAGGAUGAGGAAUCUUCUUCUGGAUAUGCCUCGUAAAUGGCAGAUGUAUGGAAAAGUGAGAGGAGUUGCUUUGUCAAGCGAAAAAUUCCAGUUCAUAUUUGAUUCUGAGAGAGAUUUGAUUGAGAUUCUCGGAAGAGGAGUUCAUACAUACAACGAAUGGGCUCUUGCUAUUGAGCGUUGGGUGGAACAUCCGGCAGAGGAUCAUCUUCAGUUUAUCCUCUUUGGAUGCAAAUCUGGAAACUUCCUGUGA